AUUGACGAGAAAUCAUCGACCCUCUUGUCUGUGUCAGUCUUGACUCUAUAAAUUUUGCUCGGUCUAUCUCACUGAAAAUGUCACGUCCCUAGUGGUGCAGUUCGUUUGAAGUUCUCACCCGGUCAAGCCCUCUGCCUUCAAGUAUUUGCAACACAUACAAAACGUAUAGAGUGCUAGGCCGGAGCUCAUUGUGGCUAAAAGAUUUCAUUUCAUUUUUUACAUGCCAGAUCCAGAUUCAGCUCAGGCGAAUAGUGAAAGAUCGGUCAUUUAGAGACCGGCUUGCACACGGCAUGAUCCAGUUAGUUUAGCUGGUGGCAAAGGACGUCUGCAGUCGAUCCUGUUGUACUGGGCUGUCUGUGAGAGGAUGGUGUUUAGGGCGUGCAGCCUGCUAUUGUCUGUGGUGGAGACGUAAUGUACCUGAGAGCAUGCAUUUCAUGGAGUGAAAACUGCAUGUAGCUGUGCUCUCUGUGGAUAAGAUCAGACCAGUAGUGCUGUUGCUGCUGUUGUCAAGGCAACUGUAGAAGCUAUCGUACGUGUGUGCAUACGUACAGCAAACAUGACGUCAGCAAUGAUGUCAUGCGUACGGGCCGGCGUGGCGUUCGGCCGCAGUGACGUCAUGCACCGGACCUGGCAACGGUUGCCGAGGACCCUGGUCGUGCAGCAGCGGCAGCAGUGGCGUUACUAUGCCAUUGGCGAUCUGGUGGUGCCGGAUGUUCGCCGUGAUGUGCGUGCCGUGAUCUUCGUAGCCCAGAACGUGUUGAUUCGCCUGGACCGGAACACUGUACGUCAGGUGGAGGGACAGCAGAACGUACCGCGCGGUGCCACGGUGCGCGCUAUGAUUGCCGACGGCGAUAAUACGGCGAGCUCGCGCUGGAAGCGCGGCGAGCUCCACGGCGAGGACCCGGCGUUUCUGAAGCAGUUACGUGCCGAUAUGCGCCGCCACGGUCCCGUAUACAAAGAGUUUGACGUUCGGGCAAUCAUGAAGGCCAACAUUCAAAGCUGGAUUUCGCAGAUGCCCGACCCGGUUGUAGACUCGCUCGUCUGCAUGAGGGCGGAGGGCAUUCGCCUGGCGUUGAUCACUGACAUGGGCUAUCUCAAUGCAAACAAAGAUACGCACAUGCCACAACCUAGCUCGCUGUUUGAUGUUAUAAUUGAGCCAUGCCGUAUUGGCAAGCGGAAAGGAGAUGCGGAUGUGUAUGAGAUGGCCAUUGAUCAACUCAAAGUACCAGCCGAGCACUGCCUCUACUUUGAUCCCUACAUGGUGCAUAAUGCGGUUGCUAAGUCACUGGGACUAUUACCUAUCCCGGUGUCAAGGUGUAAUUUCUUCGAUGUCUUUGAGCCAGUGGCUGGGUUCAAGGUGCAGGGCUAUGUAGCCGGCACAGUGGCCGUGCGGGACACGGACAGCAUGGGCAGCAAAGCUCUUCUUCAAGCCGCCAAUCAAUUCCUGCAGCUGCCGUCUACAGAGAAAGUGAUACCACGUAGGUUUUUGGACAGGCAACAAUGGCUACAAGCGGCGUCUUCGAAGGGUGAAGUUGACGUAACGUCGUUUCAUUUACGUUCAGGACAGCUGGAGUUUUUGCUCAGGUGCCAGACGGAAUCGGACCCAUCUCCAUCAUCAGUUGUUCUGCAAGAAGCCAGGCUGCUACAGUUGCUGCACCGAAGUGGAGUUUCCGUACCGGAGGUUGUGCACAUAUCAGAUGAUAGCAGUUUGCUUGGUGGUCCGUACUAUCUAUGCAAGUAUGUCAGCGCGGAGUCAUCCAGCAGUGUCGCUGCCACGUCUCUCUCUGCCAAUAGGACAAAGGAUCUCUACCAAUCCAUGUGCCAGUCUCUAGUGAAUCUACACAGCAUAAAGCUAGAUGGCGGUGUUGCGUCUUUGGAGUUUGUUCCCAAGCAAGAAGACCUGUCCAGCCAGAUCAAGGAGCUGACACGCGAGUUUGCGAGCUGCAAGACACAUGACAUUGCGUCUAUGGAUUACCUGGUGGAGUGGCUUGCAAAGAACAUUCCCAGCCAUGCUGCCGACGUCUCACCCACUCUUGUUCACACUGAUUACAGAUUGGAUAACCUUGUUGUCAUGGACACCGGAGAGUCGGUUUCCGCGGUGAUAGCCAGCCUGAAGCACAUAGCUGUGGGAAAUCCCCUUGCCAACCUGGCGGAUAACUGUGUAGCGUAUCACGUUGAUGACGGUCUGCCAUGCUUCCAAGGUUUAGUGGGUGUGGACCUGGAUGCGAGGGGAAUCCCGUCGGAAGACGACUACAUUGCAUCGUAUUGUGAGCAGCGUGGUCUAGAGCACUCGUCGGGACAGCAGCAGCAGCAGCAGCAGCAGCAACGGCGACAACUGCCCGACUGGACGUUCUACAUGGCGCUGGCGCUGUUUAAGCAGGCCGUGCACGCGCAGAGAACCUUCCACUCGGCUCUGAAUGGUACCUUUGAGAAUAGUGAUGCUUUCUCGCUGGGUCCGGUUGUGGAAUGCCUGGCGGACGCUGGCAUGGAGCUAACCUUACCCGUACUGGACGAUGGCUUUGUGUGAUCGGGCAUGCUUCCUGGACAGACGCGGCGCAACCGGUCCGCCUGGUCAGGCCGUGACCGGGCCAACUCUUUGGCCACCAGCGGGUGUUUUCUGCUGAAGAAGCGAUGUGUGCCCGCGGCCCUAUCAUACACAAAGGAUGAAUGGUGAUGGUAUGGUUGGGCUGAUCAACAACUGCUUCCGCCAGUCAUGUUCCACUGUGCUUGAAACUCAUCACUUACCUACAAGCUGACUGUCAUCAUCACCGGACGGCGAGGCACUUGCGCCGGACCUGUAGGGGACUCCCCCUCUGCCUGGUGUGUUGCGAAGACUUUUUGAACAGAGUACGUUCUUCUCUGCUCAAACCCUCAGUGCUUCUCAUGAUGUUCAGGGUCAGCACUGUGUGUUGGAGUGUCGACACACCAAAUAACCAUAGUUUGAUUUGUAGCAACUCUCCUUUGUCUGUCUCCUGUUCUCUUUUCGUUCCCCAUUGCUUUUGCCCGUCGUCUUUUACUCUUUUUUGUUGACGUCUGAACUUCGUCAGCUGUCUUAUUUUCUAUUUGAUCGUAAUUAUAAUCACUGUUGAGAGCUUCU